CCGGCUGAGCCGCAGGCAGGAUCUCUUCGCUUGGGUCAGCGCGCCAAGCCACCGCACAACAUUCAACCAUAGAGCAUGGAGCUGGUUGAGCUGCCGGAUGACGUGCUGAUGGAGGUGAUGUCAUACCUGGACGUCAAGAGUGUCCUCGCAUGCCGCCUCGUGUGCAAGAGGAUUGCGGCCCUUGCCCUGCACCCAGAUGUGUGGCGGCGCCAACGUUUCAACGGUGUCCCCUGCGCCUGUGCGAUUCUGCGUCUGGCGCCCUGCCUGGCCCGGUGGCCUGUCCACCUCUCCCGGACCCGGCAGUCCUGUUCCUGGAUGCAGACGAUGACGACGACCACGUGCGCCGUGGCCGAUUUGUCUCUGGCUCUCGACAAGAGCGCCAUGAGUGCCGAGAGCAUUCACCACGCCACACUGAUCAUCCGCAACCAGGCAGCUCUCGGCCGCCUGAAAAGACUGGCCCUGUUCGUAUCGUAUAUCGAUCGAGAUAUCGACUGCGAGCUGCUCAGCGAGGUGACGUCGGCGAGGCUGCAGGAGCUACGCGUUCAUGUCUUUACAACCGUGCAUACAAUGACACCACAUCCUGAUCUUACAGGCGGUGAGGUCACACCGUCCCUGAAGACGUUCAGGCAUAUGUUGAACUCCGCGGCAUCGGAGUCUUUCUGCAGAUACGUGCUAGGCUCACACGCUGCCACACUGGAGGUAGUCGACAUCGGAGGCGACAACCUCCCCGAGUUGAGCCUGUUUAACCCAGCCUCGAUAACGUCCCUGCUGUGCGGCAUGCCAAAUCUUCGCACACUAGCCUGCCCCCCGCUCCCCGGUUUAGAGGCCGUGGCUGCGUGCAAGUCGCUGAGGGAAGUGUUCCUGUGGCUGGGGCCGGAGGAGCUGUGUCCUUGGUCCAUGACCCUGGCCGCGGCAUUCCUCCGACGCGCCACGCAGCUGUGCUCAGUCACCCUGCGGUACGCCAACGGCAACCUGAGCCCCGAGGCCGCGGACCUGGUCCGAGCCCUACGCCCCUGCGUGGAGUCGCUAGACAUCGAGUGUGGAGGUUAUGGGCUGCAGCUGCCCCGGCUGGAUGACUUCGCCCCUCUCAAGUCCCUGGUGUCCGCGCUGCCCUCGCUGCCCGCCUUGCGGCUCCUCACCCUGCGCGGAUACCGCGGCUGGCCGGACGACCAACUGCUGCUCAGUAUGAAUGCGGCGCCGGCCCUACGGUGUCUCGUAUUUGACAUGAAGGAGAAGCUUUGGCUUGAAGAAGAGGGAUGCUUCCACGCCUGGCUGCACAGAAGCGCAGUCAAUGCUGCUUUCUCAGCGAAUCCCUUGCUUCAUAUUCGGAUCCUGAUGGACGGGGAUUUAUGCCGUGGAAUCGACUGCCCCAGUGAGACUUGCAAGGAAUGUUCACUGGGGUGCCUCCUCCAAGAGCUCAAUUCAGGAGGCGAAGAACACCGGGUUCUACUUUCCUCCCAUCCCGCUGACGAGUAUUGUUCAGAGGACCACUCUAAGUGGGCGUAUAUCCGCAUGCCUCGCUAGAAAUAUGGUUCAGAAAAUGCAAAAUUAUUAUGUAAGUAGAAUACUAUACGGAAUCAAACGAUCAUUAAACUUUAACAUAGGGAAAAAGACGAUCAUUAGUGAUCCCAUGCCAUAGACAUGAUCACCCCCCACCACCCCAAACGCAGAAGCCCCAUGAAGCGACUCCGGACCAGCGGAGUCACUGCAUGGGGCUUUUUGCCCACGAGGCUGUGCAGAGAUAAAACAAAAGUGUGUGAAAUAAUCUUCUACUACAACGACAGAGGACUGCUAGAGGUUUCAACGAACGCGUAACUUUUUCAACAUAUUGCACUUGCACUGUAUAUCUUUUGUUUUACCCUAGUAACAUGAUAUUGUUGAUGGAAAUCAGCAAUUUCAUGUUACUAGGGAAGAGUUUCAU